UCUCACGCUGAGAAACCCGUAUCAAGCAUCUUUAUGGGUCUUGGCAGCUGUUUUUGUUAUGCCACGUGGCUCAUAAUUCAGACUAAGAUGAGUGAGAGGUAUCCGUGUCACUUGUCAAGUGCGGCUCUGAUGUGCACGACGGCGGCAUUACAGAGUGUUGUAUUAGCUAUGUGGACGACGAGGAAUAAGUGGGAAGAGUGGAAGCUUCGCUGGAAUAUCGGGCUUUGGAGUGUUGCUUAUGUGGGAAUAAUGCCAUCGGCCAUAUUGGUGACGUUGGUAUCAUGGGCAGUGACGGCAAGGGGUCCACUAUUUGUAUCGGCUUUCAAUCCUGUGACGCUUGUUCGGGUGGCGCUCAUGGUUUCCCUCCUCCCAGAAGAAAAGCUUCACGUUGGAAGAUUUAUUUUGUGUGGACUUGAAUCACAGCGUCGUAGGAGGGGCCAUGAUAAUAGUGGGAUUGUAUGUGGUACUAUGGGGGAAGGGGAAGGAGAUGAAGAUGACGCCGCAGCAGAUGCCAUUGCCGCAACAGAUCAAGGUGACUCCACAACUCAACAAAUGGGAGCAUAG